UGGAAAUCUUUGAAAGCAGAGGAGGUUGUUCCUCCCCUAUGGUUGGCGUGGCCAGCUGGAUCAACUUCCGCUGGAUAUUUGCUCCGAAGAUUCUGCAGCUUUGAGGUCUUGGGAGAUCUGACGUACAGCCGGCAGAAGGACUUGCUCUGUUUAUCAGCAGUCAUUGGACUUCAGCAUGAUUACUCCCCGGUUGCUGGCUUAUGUGGCAAUUUCAGUUUCCUGUGUCUUAAAAGUCAGCUCCCUGGAUACCUUCAUUGCAGCUGUUUAUGAACACGCUGUGAUAUUGCCUAAUACCACCCUAAUACCAGUGUCCCGUGAAGAGGCAUUGGCGUUAAUGAACCGAAAUCUGGAUCUUUUGGAGGGAGCGAUCACUUCAGCAGCAAAACAGGGUGCACAUAUUAUUGUGACUCCAGAAGAUGGUAUCUAUGGCUGGAAUUUUAACAGAGAAACUAUCUAUCCAUACUUGGAGGAUAUCCCAGACCCUCGAGUGAACUGGAUCCCUUGUAAUUAUCCCAACAGGUUUGGCCACACCCCAGUGCAAGAAAGACUCAGCUGCCUGGCCAAGCACAACUCUAUCUACAUUGUGGCAAAUAUUGGGGACAAGAAGCCAUGCAAUGCCAGUGACCCUCAGUGUCCCCCCGAUGGCCGUUACCAGUACAAUACUGAUGUGGUGUUUGAUUCUCAGGGAAAACUGGUGGCACGCUACCAUAAGUACAAUCUUUUCAUGGGUGAGGAUCAAUUCAAUGUACCAAAGAAGCCUGAGGUUGUGACUUUUGACACCAUCUUUGGAAGAUUUGGCAUUUUCACAUGCUUCGAUAUACUCUUCCAUGAUCCCGCUGUUACUCUGGUGAAAGAUUUCCAUGUGGAUACCAUAGUUUUCCCAACAGCGUGGAUGAAUGUCUUGCCACAUUUAUCAGCUAUUGAAUUCCACUCGGCUUGGGCAGUGGGCAUGGGGGUUAACUUCCUUGCAGCCAACAUACACCACCCCCACAAGAGGAUGACAGGAAGCGGCAUCUAUGCACCUGACUCUCCAAGAGCAUUUCAUUAUGACAUGAAGACAAAGGAGGGAAAACUCCUCAUCUCACGACUGAAUUCUUCUUCAUACGACCCUGGAGUGGUAAAUUGGGCUUCUUAUGCCAGUAGUAUAAAAGCAUUCUCCACAGGAAAUCAGGAAUUUAAAAGCACUGCGUUUUUUGAUGAAUUCACCUUCUUGGAGCUCACAAGAGUCACAGGAAAUUACACAGUUUGUCAGAAAGAACUCUGCUGCCAUCUAAGCUACAAGAUGUCUGAGAAGAAACCAGAUGAAGUUUAUGCCCUAGGGGCAUUUGAUGGACUACAUAUUGCCGAAGGGAGUUAUUAUCUACAGAUUUGUACUCUGCUGAAGUGUAAAACACCAAACUUACGCACUUGUGGUGAUGCGGUUGAAUCUGCUUCCACCAGGUUUGAAAUGUUUUCCCUCAGUGGCACUUUUGGAACCCAAUAUGUCUUCCCUGAGGUGUUGCUGAGUGACAGUCAGCUUGCACCUGGGGAAUUUCAGGUGUCAAGUGAUGGACGCUUGUUUAGCGUGAAGCCGCCAUCGGGACCUGUCUUGACCGUAACUCUGUUUGGGAGGUUGUACGAGAAGGACUGGAUAUUAAAGGCUUCAUCAGACCUCAGGGCACAAGCACCGGGAGUAAUGCUCGUAGUUAUAGCACUGAGUGUGUGCUCAUUCAGUUGGUCUCCUAUAGGCUGAAUUAUGUCCCCCCUCAAAUUCACGUAUUGAAGUCUGAAUUCCAUACCUCAGAAUGUGAUUGCAUUUGAAGAUAAAGUCUUUUAAGAGGUAAAAUGAUGGCAUUAGGGUGGGCCCUAAUCCAAUAUGACUGGUAUUCUUAUAAGAAGAGAAGAUUAGGACAUAGACACUAUGGAAACUAUGUGAAACUAUGUGAAGACACAAAGGAAGAUGGCCAUCUACAAGCCAAGGAGAAAGGCCCUCAGAAGAAAUCAACCCUGUUGACAGUUUGAUUUGGAUUUCUGGCCUCCAGAAUCUUGAGAAAAUAAAUUUCUGUUGUUUAAACUAAUCCGUGGUACUUUAUAAUGGCAGUCCUAAAAAACCAGUACAAAUUCUAAUCCCCUCUCCUCUCCAUUUCUACCAUAAAUUGAAGCUUAAACAGAAUGGUUACCUAGUUAAGAAGAUCCAGCUAGCCUGGUUCCAUGAGACUCAACUAGAUACUCUCAGAGAAGCAUUGCUGAUGAACUGGUGCUGAAACCAUCAGACCAUCUGGAUGUUGGGAAAGCAGAAAGUCACACGGAUGAAAUCAAGUAAUUGAUCUGUCCUUAAAUAUUCUUUUUUAGUGACAAAAGAAUCUGUUGAUACAACUGAGUGAAACAAAGGACAUCGUUGAAGUCAAAAACAUCUCUCAACCGGUAGACUAUCCACAUAGCCCGAGAUCAGCCCCACACUAUACGAAGCAUGCCCUUCUGCAAAGGAGAGCAUGAUCCAUACCAGUAAUAUAACAUUUUGAAAUAAACAUUUUUGUGGUA